AUGGGUAACUGUGCGGAGCAUAUUUGCCGCCUCAACCGACGACGAAUAGAUGGACUGGAUGACGAGAUGGCUCGCGUCUACGCUGAUUUCUCCCGUCUCUUCAUUCAUCUGCCACUAUCAUCCAAACAGACUAUAACCGACAAUCCAUCCGUUUUGUCCUCUCACAAUGGCCACCGGCCGCCCGAUCUACCCCAGCACCCUCGCCAGCAGUGGAGAGUCGCCCAGUUGGCUGGGUUAAUGCGCGGGCCUAGUCUCCAUCAGGACUGGCCUGUCUGGGGCUCAAGUAUUACAUUUAUGGUCGGUCAGCAGCUCUAUAAUUUGCUCUACAACCGGCUUACUUUCAAGCGUAGCAGAGUACAAUCCCUUAUGCUAAAACGGCCACAUGGACAGCCUCAGCCUAAUUUGAAAACCACAAAUAGCAUUAGUGACGAUUCCUCAGAGGUACCCUUGGUCUUUGAAGUGCUCACCGAGGACUCCAACGUUAUCAUGAAACAAUUAAAAGUUCAUCCUCUUAUCAUCAAGUGGUAUCACGAUGCUGGGGCCACGCGAUUAUCUUUUCAACCGACGGAACUGCCAAUGCUAUGUCCUCCACUGCCCUGGGUUGAUCUCUCUGAUGCCGGCUAUCUAUUGUCUACCAGUAAGACAGAUUUUCUGUCAGAGGGCUUCAUUACUUCGCCUUUAUCGUUGAUUUUAUGA